AGGCUCGCGCCUGCGCAGUGCACUAGGCUGUCAGGUAAAGGGCUGGCAAGCCGGUGGCAGAGAGCAGUGCUAUCAUGACUGAGGGCACGUGUCUGCGGCGUCGUGGGGGACCCUAUAAAACUGAGCCCGCCACCGAUCUCACCCGCUGGCGGCUCUGCAAUGAGUUGGGUCGGCAGAGAUGGACUUAUUAUCAAGCGGAGGACGACCCUGGUCGAGAGCAGACCGGGUUAGAGGCCCACUCUUUGGGACUGGACACAAGAAGUUAUUUCACGGACUUACCAAAAGCACAAACAGCCCACGAGGGGGCCCUGAACGGAGUAACUUUUUAUGCCAAGCUGCAGGCUGAGGAUGGACACUGGGCUGGUGAUUAUGGUGGUCCGCUCUUCCUCUUGCCAGGUCUCCUGAUCACCUGUCACAUAUCACACAUCCCUCUGCCAGCUGGAUACAGAGAGGAGAUGGUGCGGUACCUGCGGUCAGUGCAGCUCCCCGAUGGCGGCUGGGGCUUGCACAUCGAGGACAAGUCCACAGUGUUUGGGACCGCCUUGAACUAUGUGGCUCUCAGAAUCCUGGGUAUUGGGCCUGAUGAUCCUGACCUUGUGCGCGCUCGGAACGUCCUUCACAAAAAAGGUGGUGCAGUGGCCAUCCCUUCCUGGGGGAAGUUCUGGCUGGCUGUCCUGAAUGUUUAUAGCUGGGAAGGACUCAACACCCUAUUCCCCGAGAUGUGGCUGUUUCCUGAAUGGGUACCAGCGCACCCCUCCACUCUCUGGUGUCACUGCCGGCAGGUCUAUCUGCCCAUGAGUUACUGCUACGCCACUCGGCUAAGUGCCUCAGAGGACCCACUGGUUCAGAGCCUCCGCCAGGAACUCUAUGUGCAGGAUUACGCCAGCAUCGAUUGGCCAGCGCAGAGGAACAACGUGUCCCCCGAUGAGAUGUACACGCCACACAGCUGGCUGCUGCAUGUGGUGUAUGGACUCCUCAACCUGUAUGAACGUUUCCAUAGCACCAGCCUGCGGAAGUGGGCCGUCCAGAUGCUGUAUGAACACAUUGCAGCUGACGACCGUUUCACUAAGUGCAUCAGCAUCGGCCCGAUCUCAAAGACCAUCAACAUGCUUGUUCGUUGGUCAGUGGAUGGACCGUCCUCCCCGGCCUUCCAGGAGCACGUCUCUCGGAUUAAAGAUUACCUCUGGCUAGGCCUUGAUGGCAUGAAAAUGCAGGGCACCAAUGGAUCACAGAUCUGGGACACUUCAUUUGCUAUCCAAGCACUGUUGGAGGCAGGUGCACACCACAGACCUGAAUUUCUGCCCUGCCUGCAGAAGGCUCACGAGUUCCUGCGGCUUUCACAGGUCCCAGAAAACUGUCCUGACUAUCAGAAGUACUAUCGCCAUAUGCACAAGGGCGGUUUCUGCUUCAGCACACUGGACUGUGGCUGGAUCGUUGCUGACUGCACAGCCGAGGGUUUGAAGGCCGUGCUGCUCCUGCAGAAUCAGUGUCCCUCCAUCACUGAGCAUAUCCCCCGAGAGCGGCUGUGUGAUGCCGUGGAUGUGUUACUGAGCAUGAGAAAUGCUGAUGGAGGAUUCGCUACCUAUGAGACUAAGCGUGGCGGGUACUUGCUGGAGCUGCUGAACCCCUCAGAGGUCUUUGGAGACAUCAUGAUUGACUACACGUAUGUAGAGUGUACCUCUGCCGUGAUGCAGGCACUGAAGCAUUUCCAUGAACACUUCCCAGACUACAGGGCAGCAGAGGUCAGGGAGACCCUCAAUCAAGGCCUGGACUUCUGCCGAAUGAAGCAGAGAUCCGAUGGCUCCUGGGAGGGCUCCUGGGGUGUUUGUUUCACCUAUGGCACCUGGUUUGGCUUGGAAGCGUUCGCUUGCAUGGGGCAUACCUACCAAGAUGGGGCUGCUUGUGCAGAAGUAGCUCAGGCCUGCAACUUCCUCCUGUCCCAGCAGAUGGCAGAUGGAGGCUGGGGAGAGGACUUUGAAUCCUGUGAACAGCGGCGGUAUGUGCAGAGUGCCAGGUCUCAGGUCCAUAGUACCUGCUGGGCCCUGAUGGGUUUGAUGGCUGUCAGGCAUCCCGACGUCACUGCUCAGGAGAGAGGGAUCAAAUGUCUGCUAGGGAAGCAGUUCCCCAAUGGAGACUGGCCGCAGGAGAACAUCUCUGGGGUCUUCAACAAGUCUUGUGCCAUCAGCUACACAAGUUACAGAAACAUCUUCCCCAUCUGGGCCCUAGGCCGCUUCUCCAACCUGUAUCCUGACAAUACCCUCUCGGGCCACAUUUGAACACGUAUGUGUCUGUGCUGUACCUGGCCAGCAUCAUCACCAUCCAGGUCCUGGCGAGCCCAUGUCUUGGCUGGGUGAUAAGAGCCUUCUUAGCCCUGCUUAGGCCUCGUUCUCUAUUUCUGUAGACAGGAGGCUGGGGAUAGGGUCAGGGUUGGUGUCUUUAGACACUUGUCAGUGUGCGCUUAAAGUUCUUGGACUAGCUUCAGUGAGAAAGGGAAGAAGAUGAGCCUUGAGAUCCAGAGAGGCACAGUGGAUGGACUUGGAAACUCCUGGGUAUUCGUUCUCCCUGAGGGAGCAAGGCUACAGAGCUUCUGUGAUCAAUGACUUCCCUGUGAGGGAGCAGCUGGCUUCUUCUCUGCCUCCCUUGUUGACAGUGGAGUGGGCACUUGAGCAUCUUGUGUUUGCUGUGCUGAGGGAGUUAGAGCAGCCCUAUGGUGCAGGGAUGCUCAGAGAAAGACUCAAUGGCAAGUGAGGCAGGUCCCUUGCUCAUUGUGCCCUGAGCAGUGUCUGGUGUCCCCAGAAACUUGCCACCCAUGACUACACUACUAUAUGAAAUGCCAGUUAUCCAGAAAGGAAAUACAAACUGGCUUUGUACCAGAAACGCUAUUAAAAGUCGUUUGAAUGAUCACCGACUCCCUUACUAAACAGACCCUGGGCUGAUGACCCCGUAGUAAAGAACAGCGGCUGCUCUCUCAGAGGACCUGGGUUUGAUUCCUGGCACCCACCUGGUGGCUAACAGCUUGUAACUCCAGUUCUCAGGGAACCCAAUGUCUUCUGGCCUCUGUGGGCACUGCACACAUGGUACAUAGACAUACAUACACUCAUAAUACCUAUACACAUAAAAUAAAUCCUGAAAAUAAAAUAUUAAAAACAACCACCUGCCUUCCUGAGACAUUUCAUCCUGGAGCGUCUAUGCUGAGUCUGUGUGGCAAGGAGCCAGAUGUAGCAUCCAAUUCUGCCCCUAGAUUAUAUGCUUAUACAAUUGCAUUGGUUUCUGCAAGAUCAGUGUCCUGAUGUCCAGGCUUCUCAGUCCUUGUUGAGAGAGAGAUGCACGUAUGGGGAGCCAUUAGGGUAGAUAGUGGUUGUAAUGGUUUCUGCCACGGAACAGUGCUGGAGCAAGGACAGCUAAUCAAAUCCAGCUCGCCACUUAGACACACCGAGACAGCCAGGAAAAUGCCCAUGACACCCAAAGAUCGUUAUCAGCCCAUGUGCCAGCUGUGCUUUGUGAGGCCAGUGAGGGCCAGAUGUCUGAGGCAAUCCUUUCUGGGUGUGAGCUCUUAGGUUCCUGAUUGUAACUGUGUGUCUGGGCAGCCAGUCAGAGUCCAGGGUGGAAGCUAUGUGUCUCCUUGAAGUUACUGCUUUUCUCCCUGGCCAUGGUGAGCCAGGUCCAGCUGGAUGCCCCUUUAGUUAACUCUCGGCAUCUGUAGUGCUUUCUGCACUGGUAUCUCCAAUCACUCCCUGGCCCAUGGUCUUCCCUCCGACAAGCAGAAAGCUGUGUCUGAGACCCUUUCCCUGUGCAGGACCCUCUAGGGUGCACUUUGUGCCCUCUGCCUGCUGCCCAGCUCCCACCAUCGACACCUUGUGCUGUGACUCAGGGCUUUCCUGCCUUAGAUAGUGGCCCGUGCUGUUCACAGCACUGACUUCCUAACCUCUGCCAGGAGUAGAACCGGUGAACUCGGCUAGAUCUGCUCCUAGCAGCAGCAACCAUCCCUUGGAAUUCCCGGUCAUGAACCAAAUCACUGUACAUUCCCUUAAUAAACAGACCGCUGGUGAGAUGUGCUUUAGGCUGUAGUGGGUCAUGCUGUGGAGUUCUCAGGAUGUGCUGGCUUACCGGCCCCCAGUUUAGGGAGUUCUCCGGGCUCCUCGGGGGGUGGGGGUUGGUGGGGGACACUCAUCAGAUAACUGUCCAGAACAUGGAUGCUUAAAAUGAAAGUUUGAGCCUGUCAGGAAUAAUUUGGAAUGCUGACGACUUUUCCUGUGGAGUCACAGCACAUUUCCUUGGUUAGCUGUGAUGUGAACCUCACAGCUGUUUUGAGGGAUGUUUUGAGGGAUUCUUUAGUAAGGAAUGUUGACAUUUCUGCCCCCCUCCCCCACGCUGAAGCAGUUUUCCUGUGUGGUACUCACUAUGACAUGAUCUUCACUAUGUAGUCCAGGAUGGCCUCAAGCUUGAGGGUAGUCCUCCUGCCUCCACCUCCAGAGCGCUGGGAUACAGGCGUGUGCUACCAUCCCCUGCUGAAGGGCUUGAUGGUUAAGUCUCUCUGACAAAGUAUUUUUUCCUUUUAAAAUAUGACUUACUGCUAAGUAGAAUUGAAUUUACUAAGAUGUUUUUCUUUUAAUAAAUUUUUGCUGGAUGCUGUU